AUGUUCUCUUCCUGCCUCAAAAAUCAACGUUUGGCUCGUUCUACAAAGUUUAUAAAUAAUUUAAGUAAAAAAUAUAACCAAAACAAUCAAAUCAAUGUCAUAUCUUGCAACAACUUAUACAAUGUCUCCUUUAAUUUGAAUGCCCAGAUACUAUCUGGUAAAAAAUUAGGUGAUUCGAUUAAAUUUGAAACUUCUAAAAAAGUCAGUGAAAUUCAAUCAAAUUUCCCUCAUUUUCAACCAAAAUUAUCUAUAAUUCAAGUUGGUUCAAGACCUGAUUCGUCUACUUAUGUCAGAAUGAAAUUAAAAGCCGCUAAAAACUCAAAAAUCCACUCAGAAUUAAUUAAAUUCGAUGAGGAUGUCACUGAAACUGAGCUAUUAUUCAAAAUUGAUCAAUUAAACAACGAUAUCAAUACAAAUGGAAUUUUGAUUCAAUUACCUUUACCAAAACACAUCAAUGAAGCCAGAGUUACAAAUGCUGUUAUAAAGGAAAAAGAUGUUGAUGGCUUCACUAGAUACAAUGCUGGCGAAUUAGCUAAAAAGGGUGGUUUGCCUUUUUUCAUUCCUUGUACCCCCAAUGGCGUCAUCAAAUUAUUAAAAAGUGAAAAUAUUCAAUUAUCAGGGGCUCAUGCUGUUGUUGUAGGAAGAUCAAAUAUUGUUGGUACUCCAGUCGCUGCCCUCUUGAGAAAUGAAGACUGCACUGUCACAAUUUGUCAUUCAAAAACAAAAAAUAUUCCAGAUUUCUUGAAAAGUGCUGAUAUUGUCAUUGCCUGUGCUGGCUCUCCAGAUUUCAUCCAAGGUUCUUGGUUAAAAGAAGGUUGUGUAGUAAUUGAUGUUGGAAUGAAUUAUGUCCCCGAUUCCUCAAAAAAAUCAGGUCAAAGACCAACUGGCGAUGUGGAUUUUGAAUCUGCAAAGAAAAAGGCCUCUUUUAUAACUCCUGUUCCAGGUGGUGUUGGUCCAAUGACAAUUGCAAUGUUGAUCCAAAACGUAUUUUUAGCUGCAAAGGCUCAAAAUGAAAGUCUAAAUAAACCAAUCUCUUUAAAACCUUUAUCUUUGAAACCCUUACAUCCGGUUCCUUCUGAUAUCGAUAUCUCAAGAGCUCAGCAACCCUAUCACAUUACUCAAAUUGCUAAAAAAUUAAGUAUUUUGCCCAAUGAACUAGACCAAUAUGGUCAUUACAAGGCAAAAGUCUCUCUUGACGUUUAUGAUCGUUUGAAAGAUGAACGUGAAAAUGCUCACUAUAUUCUAGUUGCUGGUAUAACCCCAACACCCUUGGGUGAGGGAAAAUCAACAACAACUAUGGGUUUGGUUCAAGCUCUUGGUGGUCAUCUCAAUUUACCUGCAAUCGCCAAUGUUCGUCAGCCAUCUAUGGGUCCAACUUUUGGCGUUAAAGGUGGUGCAGCCGGUGGUGGUUAUGCCCAAGUUAUUCCAAUGGAUGAAUUCAAUAUGCAUUUAACUGGAGAUAUUCAUGCAAUUGGUGCCGCCAACAAUUUAUUAGCUGCCGCCAUUGAUACAAGAAUUUUUCAUGAAUCAACUCAAUCGGAUAAGGCUCUUUAUAAAAGAUUAGUUCCUACAAAAAAGGGUGUCAGAAAAUUUACUCCGCCAAUGUUAAAGAGAUUACAAAAAUUGGGUAUCGAAAAAACUAAUCCAGACGACUUGACAGUCGAAGAAAUCAAUAAAUUUGCAAGGUUGGAUAUUGAUCCUGAAUCGAUAUCAAUCAAAAGAGUGGUUGAUGUUAAUGACAGAUUUUUAAGACAAAUAACUAUUGGACAGGCACCCACAGAAAAGGGUUUAACAAGAAAAACGGGAUUUGACAUUACUGUUGCUUCUGAAAUUAUGGCUAUUUUAGCUUUAUCCAAAGAUUUACAUGAUUUGAGAAAUAGAGUUGGAAACAUAGUUAUUGGUUUAAAAAAAAAUGGCGACCCAGUUACUUGUGAUGAUAUAUUUUGUGGUGGAGCUAUAACCGCUUUAUUAAAAGACACGAUUAAACCAAACUUGAUGCAAACUCUAGAAGGAACACCGGUUUUUGUUCACGCAGGUCCAUUUGCUAAUAUCUCUAUUGGUGCUUCGUCUGUUAUCGCCGAUAAAUUAGCUUUAAAAUUAGCUGGUAAACCUAAACUUGCCAAUUCAAUCGAAGAAGGUAAAAUUCCCAAUGGUUAUGUAGUAACUGAAGCAGGUUUUGACUUUACAAUGGGUGGUGAGAGAUUUUUUAAUAUCAAGUGUCGUUCUUCUGGUUACAAACCUAGUGCUGUGGUUAUUGUUGCAACUGUUCGUGCUUUGAAACUUCAUGGUGGUGCUCCAGAUGUGAAACCAGGUCAAUCAUUGCCAGCUGAAUACACGACAGCUAAUGUUGGGUUGGUUAAAAAUGGCUGUUGUAAUUUAGCCAAACAAAUCUCCAAUGCUAAAAGUUACGAUGUUCCCGUAAUUGUUGCAAUUAAUCAGUUUGAAACUGACACUCCAGAAGAGAUUGCUAUCAUCAAGGAAGAAGCCAAAAAAGCUGGCGCUUUUGAUGCUGUUGAAUCUAAUCACUGGGCUAAAGGUGGUGCUGGAUCCAUUGAGCUAGCCAAUACUGUUGUUAGAGCCUGUGAAGAACAAACUGAUAGCCAUUCCAGUGAACUUAAAUUUUUAUAUGACUUGAAUGGAACAGUUGAAGACAGACUAAAGAUCAUUUGCCAGAAAAUGUAUGGUGCCGAUGAUAUUGAAUUAUCACCUUUAGCCAAACAACAAAUUGAAAAAUACAUCCAACAUGGUUUUGGACAUUUACCAAUUUGCAUUGCCAAAACCCAAUACUCUUUAUCCCACGAUCCAAAAUUAAAGGGAGUUCCAACUGGUUUCAAAGUUCCAAUCAGAGAAGUUAGAAUUAGUGCUGGAGCUGGUUAUCUAUAUGCUCUUGCUGCUGAAAUUAUGACUAUUCCAGGAUUAAGUACUCAUGCUGGUUUUAUGAAUGUUGAGGUCAAAGAGAAUGGCGAAAUUGAUGGUUUGUUUUAG